AUGCAAGCGUGGUGGGUGGUGACGGGCGGGCUCGAACUCCGGGGUGGUUUGAUUGGCCUGGCAGAGCUGUCUCCUUGUCUUGCCUCCCCCCACCAUCCAUCUGCACGCCUACGUCAAUCCAACACCUCUACCACGCCCAUUCCAGCUCCUUUACAAAUCCAGGCAGGCCGACGCUUCUAUCGUAUCCCACUCGCCUCGAAUCAAGGAUACCAUCAUUUUCAUCCUCCUCCUCCUUUUUACCCUCCUAUCCUCUCCUCUCUCCCGCCGUCGCUUACCUACCAACGUAUCGUCCCUCCCUACCACGCGUCGUCAACAUGUGAAUCCACUCUUUUCUCACCCACCUGGAUACUGACCCAACACCUUCUGCUCUCCUACAGACACAAGCGCUCCAAAUCGGCGAGCGUCAAAAACCUCCUAGGACGCGUAUCGUCCAAGAACGACGCCCAAGACUCCACCGACAGCAUCGCCACGUCGGCCACGCCCUCGGUCAGCUCCCAGUCCCCGCCCACCUCGCACUCGCUGCACCACCGAUCCGCCUCUCUCAAACAUCGCGCCCACCUCUCCACUAGCAUGUCUAAUGUCAACAACGGUCUCGAUGUCCCCGCCUCGCCUAGUGCUUCCAGCCCCCAGUCCUCCCCGCUUUCGCCCACGCAGCCCAAAGGCGCUUCCAUAGAGCAGUCGGUCAAGCUGUUCCGUGUAUUCGAGUCGCUGCGCAAUGGUGACACCGCCGCUAUCCAGAAAGCUAUCCGUGAGCAGGCUGCUGGCUCCGAAGCCGAUAGCACUACUUCCCUGACUCUUCCCGGCCGCAGCGAGGGCACCUCUAUUCUCCAUCUAGCCAUCCAGUGCGCCGAACAGCCCGUCAUCGAAUUCGUCCUUUCCCACUCCAAAGCCGGCCCCGACUCCGUCAUCGACAUCAAUGGUCGCGACAGAGAUGGCAACACUGCACUACACUUGGCUGCCACUCUGGGCCGUUCCCCCAUCGUGCGCAUGCUGCUCGACCAGCCUGGAAUCAACGACUCCAUCACAAACUACAAUGGCCAGACCCCGCUAGAUCUUGCUCGUACCCCCGACAUCUUCCAACAGCUGCAGCUAGCCAAGUCCAUCUUCAUCGACGCAAAUGUGCGCAAGAUACAACAGAUGGUGCAGACUGGUGAUCUUACUUCAUUGGAGACGUUGCUGCAAGAUGGUCGUCUGAAGAGUACACUGGAUGUGAAUGGCGGCGAAUUGGUCACAGAUCCCGGCGUCGCUGAAGCGGGAGGCACGCUGCUUCACGAGGCCGCAAAGAAGAAGGACGUGAAGUUGGCCCAAUUGCUGCUGCUUAAUGGAGCGGACCCUUUCCGCCGGGAUCGGAAGGGGAAGCUUCCCCAGGAUUAUACCAAGGACGAUCGCACUCGCGCCAUUCUCAAACGCUCUCCCGCAGCUGCCGCAGCUCAGCGCGGAAUUCAAGAAAAGACCAUUUUGGCUGGCGCCGCAACGACCCCGGGUGCUGCACCCGACAGCGGCAUGGGUGCAAAGGAAUCGCGUGAAAUGAAGGGUUAUCUCAAAAAGUGGACAAACUAUACCAGUGGCUACAAACUGCGGUGGUUUGUCCUCGAGGACGGUGUUCUGAGUUACUAUAAGCAUCAAGAUGACACUGGUUCUGCAUGCCGUGGCGCUAUCAACAUGCGAAUCGCGAAACUAUACAUGGAUCCGCAAGAUAAGCAACGCUUCGAGAUCCAAGGCAAAUCUUCUGUAAAGUAUCACCUCAAGGCGAACCACCAAGUCGAAGCGAAGCGGUGGUAUUGGGCUUUGAACAACGCUAUUCAAUGGGCCAAGGAUGAAGCGCGAGAAGAGGAGCGCCAGCAGAACCGUGACCAGGAAAUGCUAAAGCAAGCCAAGGCAGAACAGCUGGACAAGCGCAUCCCGAAAGAAGGCGAGGUGGCCAGUCUCAACAGCUCCAUGGUGGCCAGUACGAAGAACCUUGCUCCCCCCUCCACUCUCGGCGUCCCGCAGCCCAGCCAUGACUCCGCGUCUCGCUCUGGCAUGAGCGUUGCCGAAGAACCAGAGAGCAACUACGAACCCAGCAUGGUCGGCAAUGAAAUCGGGAGAAUGCCCAGUCACUUCGGCGCAACCACGGUGAAUGACGAUAUGGACGAUGACGAUGAAUAUGGUGACGAUAAUAGCAGCAGUCACGAAGUGCGACCGCAGAAUAAGGAUGCAUUCAACAUCACUGCACAGUCAGCCAGGCUUCAACUAGAGCUCCUCGCCCAGGUUUCUACAGCCCUCCAGUCUGAAAAGGUCAAAAAUCCCACCCUGCAAAUCUCCGACCCGAUUAUGCUAUCUGCCCUCUCAUCGUACGAAUCAGCGGUCGGCAACCUCAAAGGUCUCAUUGGCGACCUUCUAAGAAUAUCACGAGAUAGAGACUCGUAUUGGCAAUAUCGCCUCGAUCGCGAGGCAAACGUUCGUCGGAUGUGGGAAGAGAGCAUGGCCAAGGUUGCCAAAGAGCAGGAGGAGCUCGAGAAUCGCUAUGGUGAAUCAGAGACGAAGCGCCGGAAAACGAAACGUGCUCUUCGCGAAGCACUGGAAGAUUACGAUACGCAGGAGGGCAAACCCCCGCGAAUAGACGAAGAUGAGUUUGUCGAGGCCGAAGAGGAGCAGCUGUCUCGCAAACCUAGCCUGAGCUCCCAAGCCCUGCGUAGGAAAGCUACCCUCGCCAAUCUUGCGGCAGACAUGUCGGAAGACGAAUCGGACGAUGAAGAGUUUUUCGAUGCGGUCGGCGCCGGCGAGGUCGAAGUUGUCGAGAUGCCAGCUGCUACCAGCCCUGACGCUCCUGUGGGAGAUGGGAAAAUGGCGAAGACCGCCGACAAGGACAUAUUUGACGUCAAACACGACGAGAUAUCAACUGGGUUUAUUGGAUAUGAAGACGGUCCACGCCAGAAACUGGCCAUGGACGAUGACGACAGGCCCAAGAUUUCGCUAUGGGGUAUUCUGAAAUCUAUGAUUGGGAAGGACAUGACCAAGAUGACCCUUCCCGUCUCAUUCAACGAGCCAACUUCCUUGUUACAGCGUGUAGCUGAGGACAUGGAGUACACUGAUCUUCUAGACACUGCUGCAGAACGAGCUGAUUCCACCGAGCGUCUCUUGUACGUUGCCGCCUUCGCUGCUUCCGAGUAUGCUUCCACCAUCGGCCGUGUAGCCAAACCCUUCAACCCCCUUCUUGGCGAGACCUACGAAUAUGCUCGUCCUGAUAAGGGAUACCGCUUCUUCAUUGAACAAGUUAGCCACCAUCCUCCCAUUGGCGCGGCGUAUGCCGAGUCAAAGAAGUGGGAUUACUAUGGUGAAUCUGCUGUCAAGUCAAAAUUCUACGGUAAAUCCUUCGAUAUUAACCCCCUCGGAACAUGGUUCCUGCGCCUGCGCCCGACCUCGGAAGGGGGCAAAGAGGAACUUUACACAUGGAAGAAGGUCACGUCCUCUGUCAUUGGCAUUAUCACUGGUAACCCCGUCGUCGACAACUACGGCCCCAUGGAGAUCAAAAACUGGACCACUGGCGAAACCUGCCUCCUCGAAUUCAAAGCGCGUGGUUGGAAAGCCUCCUCCGCCUAUCAAGUCGUUGGCAAGGUCCUUGAUGCCGACGGCCGCGUGCGCUGGAGUGUUGGUGGCCGCUGGAACGACAAAAUCUACGCGCGCUUCACCCCGGGAUACGAAGAUGCCGACAUCGAAAAGGGUGGCUCCAAAGCGUCAAAACACGAUGAAAACAACAAAGCUUUCCUCGUAUGGCAGGCCCACGCUCGUCCCACCGGCAUCCCAUUCAACCUCACCCCCUUCGUCGUCACCCUCAACGCCUUACCCGACGCUCUUCACCCCGUCGUCGCUCCCACGGACACUCGCCUACGACCCGACCAGCGUGCUAUGGAGGAUGGCGAGUACGACCUCGCUGCUACCGAGAAAAACCGCGUCGAAGAGAAACAGCGUGCUACGCGACGCCGGCGUGAGCAACAUGGCGAAGAAUUCGUGCCCAAGUGGUUCCACAAAGGAAGAUGCGAGACCACGGGCGAGGAGUACUGGGUUUUCAACCACGAGUACUGGAAGACGAGACACGCGGUCGCGGAAAAGAAAACAGAGUGGGAAAAGGAAGGAUUGGAGGAUAUCUUUUAGGGGUGGACCCUUGCAGUCUGAUGUUCUUUCUCUCCUGCGUUUCUUUGAUUGGAUAGUCUAGUUUUCUGUGGGUGUGUGGUUUGAUAGCUAGCGGGUUCAAGCUCGAGAUAUACAUAUAUAUGUGCAUUGGCAUGGCCAUUGAAUUCCCGCUUCUUUCGUCCUCUCUUCACCUUGUGCGCCCUGAUGGAAUUCUCUAAUAUCAUAUU